AUGCAACCCCUGAUCAGAGCAAAUCAUGUCAUGAUGUCGGAGGAGCGACGACGACGACAAGAAAGGGCAUUUGACCUGAUAGAGAACAAAGUCAUCGCUGAUAGUACAAAGAAAGUUUACCGAUGCAAGAUCAAUAGGAUCGUGCGUCUCUUACUCAAAGUGAAUCCCAGGGCUGUCGACGAGAACGGCGAAUUGAUACUCCCAAUGGCAUGGAAAGAUUUGAAGAGUUUGUUUGGAGACCUUGUCACCAAUACUGACUUACCAAAAUCUAGAAAGAGAAGAGGAUCGUCCAAGAGUAGAGAUGGGAUAGCGGGAACUGAUGAAGAUCAGGAAGAUGAUAACGAAGGUCAAGAGCCUGAGGGAGAGCAGGAAGAUGAGGAAGACGAAGAUGAGGAAGACGAAGAUGAGGAAGACGAAGAUGAGGAAGACGAAGAUGAGGAAGACGGAGAUCAGGAAGACGGAGAUCAGGAAGAGCAGGAAAAGCAGGAGGAUGAUCCGCAUAACGUACACGAGCAUGAUAACGAGGACAUUUCAGGAUACCAGGCAAGCAAGAGAACGCUGUCGUUAGGAGCACUGAAGGGGUACAAGAGUGCCUUGAAAGCAUAUUACAGAGACAGAAAUGUUGCUUUUGACGCGACUGGAAUGCCAUCGGGUAGUACGUUAAACGACCGGCUCAGUCGACUGAUCAAAGGCUAUGGAAGGGUAGUUACUCAAAAGAAAUCCACGGGAGUGAUGAAAUCAAAAGAAGGCGAAUGUGUCUUGGCAGUGAGAGAGUAUGGAAUUAUUUGUGAAAAGAUGACCCAGAUACGUUCAGAUACUAUGGCACGAGAGAUAGGAUCAACAAGCUUGUUCGGAUUUGCUGCUACCACGAUCAUGUGGAACUGUUGCUGUACAAGCGAAAUAUUAGACAUUCUACAUCUGGAACACUUUGAUUGGGAGAACGACUGCUUGAAGCUGACGAUAUUGAAGACCAAGAUGGACCAAGGGGGUGUUGACGCCGACAUUUUUUCUCCGAGAACAAGGCACAUAUUUGCAGCACCCAACAAACCUAUGUCUUGUCCUAUCCUGGCCAUUGCUUUGUAUGCGUUUUCCCAAACCAGAAUGAGGACAUGUCACACCAAAUUUUUUCUGGGAAACGACCAGAAGCAGAGGUUUGGUCAAGUCUUGAGAAGAGUAUUGUCCACAGAGGGCAUGCAGGAGGAAGUAUGGAGGGACGUUGGUUCGCACAGUUUCAGAAAGGGGAGCGUGACGCAUCUACUAGGCAUUCCGGGAGGACCAGGUAACUCCAAGGACAGGGAAGGUCUGGCAAGAAUCUACGAUAUUGGUAUGCACAAGUUCAUUGAUGGAUAG